AUGCCACCACAGCCAGGAAUGUUUGCCCUGCCAUAUGCAUCAACCCACAAGGCGCGCACAGACGUUAUCCAGCCUGACAACAUGCCCAUGUCAAUCUCUUAUUCCAAUAUGCAGCCUCAGGGACCUAAUCCACAUUAUCACAACGCACACCCCACUGCAGGUCCAUCCCGCGUGCAGGACGAUCCAAAAAGAGAGAAAAAGAGAAAGGAUAUAUCAGGAAAAGUAGGCAAAGAGAUGACAGACCGUAGAGACGAAGGACGACACUUAACUGAAAACAUCUCUGCACUUCAUAGCACCGCAAUUCAGCUCGCGUCUCGUCCCGAAACUCAUCCUCUAUAUAACCUCCGCUUGUACCCCAUUUCUCUCGAGCGCUCCGCCUUGCUCGCCCAGCAUGCGUUCGAAGAGAAGCAUGCCUUAGAAUCAGUACAGACUGCAUACGAAGAAGAACGUGAAAGAGUCGAGGAAGAAUGGCGCAAGGGCCGUGAUCGUAUACGAGAAAGACUCCUCGAAGGUAUAGAAGAACGCAGGCGGCGCGCAAGAGAAGAAAAAGAAGGCGAGGGAACAGUAAACGACGCAACGUUAGACGCUCAGUCUCGAUCACAUAUAACUCGAAAAUUGCGAAACAAAGUCGGCACUUCUCCUCCCCCAACACCUCUCGCUCUUCGAGGAGAGAACCUUGCCAAUGGCUCGCUUGGAAGCACCACGCCCAUCACAACCGGCCCUUUCACCAACCCCCACUCCCUCUCCGUCGACGAACUCCCUUCGCCUUUCCCUUUCCCCCUAACGGCCGUCACCCUCACUAAUCCAUCUUCGGGCGCAGGUGGUAGCACCGGCGCCAAUGGCUCCAGGCGUCGCGCCAAAGGUGCAGGGCUUCACUCAAGUAUGGUCGGCAUCGGCGGCCUGGGUAAGAGCCUAGCAAUGUUAGGUCCCAGCAAAGAAGCAGAUAUAGAAGCUGAUCUAAUGGAAAUUCGGAGGGGUAGUAAGCGGCGUAGAGCAGCGGCAGUGUCUUCUGGCAAGGUCUCGUAAGGCGUCCUCAUGUUUUAUUUGAUUUUGAAAUUGUACUAUAUCUUAUCAUCGGAA